AUGGCCGCCGUUCGAUCCGGCCUUGUCGACAUUUUUGUGCAAGGACAAUGGCAUCGUGUUCUGGCAACACUCGAUCCAACUGCAAUCACAUUGCAGACAAUGGAACAAAAUGAAGUGGAAGCGGAGAAGAGAACGGUUCGAGUCGUGAAAUAUGAUGGAAAUGGGUUGGGAAUUUCAAUUAAAGGCGGACGAGAUAACAACAUGCCAAUAGUAAUCAGCAAAAUUUUCAAAGGAAUGGCAGCGGAUCAAACUGGAGAACUGUUUUUGGACGAUGUUAUAAUUUCAGUCAACGGAGAGAGCCUACUAGAUGCAUCACAUGAAGAAGCAGUCAGAGCUUUGAAACGAGCAGGACGUGUGGUUGAUCUCCAAGUACAGUAUCGAAGAGAGGAUAUGAUGCAUCGAGAGAAUAUAGUUGAAAACGUGGAAUGGGAUGAUGAUAUCCGAGAAAGAGUUCGAACGAUAGGUCUUAAACUGGCGUAUGUAGCAAGAGCUGGAAUCGAUGCCGAUGCUGAAGGAAGAAUUUUGGAAAUGAGAAGUCCAUCAGGAAGAUACUCUUUAGCGAUGAGAUGCUCUAGUAGUGAAGAAGCUGAUGGAUGGUUCGAAGCUCUUCACGCAUGUACGACAUGUCUUCUGACACAAGCUCUGGCUCAAGUGAACAUUAUGCUCGGAAACAAUCCACAAGUGAGGCACAUGGGUUGGAUCGCAGAGCAAGUAUCAGAAAAUGGAAUUUCAAUGUGGAAACCCAAAUUUAUGACACUAACCAACAGCGAGAUUCUGUUUUAUGAAGCCGUUCCACAAUUGAAAGCGGAAUGGGCAGAGCCUCGAUUAGUUAGGCCUCUCGUAGCCACGAGAGUAGUACAGACCAGUUCUCGAAGUGCCCCAGUUAUCAAAGGUCUCACAGAUGUGAUCUCAUUCAGGAUGAGAACGGGAACUCAACAAGGAGUCAGAACCCAUACGAUUCGUGUUGAAACCCAUGCUGAAUUAGCGAGAUGGGUUCGAGCAGUAGUUAUUGGAGGAUAUGAAGCUUGCCUUGCAACUUCACAAGUUUCUGCACCGUGCCUAUGGAGAGGAGAAUCAUGUGAACUAAUUGUUAACUUGGAUAAUGGUAUAUCACUUUUAUCAUCUUCUGGAGAGGUACUGUGGCAACAUUCGUUUGAAACGAUUCGUGCCACUGGCGACGAUGGGGGUCGCUUUCUCUGGGUUGAUUUUGGACCACCACAUGGUGAACAGGUAAUUUCAUUUUUAAUUUUCAAAGGAAAACAAUGGUAA